AUGCUUUCGUUUCCUCGACAUGAAAAUUUUGAUUUUGAUCCAAAUCAAACAGAUAUUGAAUCAAUUGUAUUAAAUUUUGUAUCGAAUUCAUUGAAACUAAAUUUGAUCGAAUCUAAUUCAUUAUUAACAGUAAAAACACUUACUAAUGGACUUUCAAAUACACUUUUUGCUGUACAUUCAUCUGAAAAUCAAGGUGUUGUUGUAAGAAUUUAUGGAAAAAAUUCCGAUUUA